GACCUUUUCAGGCAUCAAGGUAUAAACCCCAAGCGGUUCACCUUCCUGGUUAAGAGGUUGCAAACUCACGUCGAGUGGAUUUCGAAGCCCAUUCUCAACAAUGACCCGCGGGUAGAAUCGCACGACUCGCAGAGCUAUAACUGCACGCGAGCAACACUAUGCGUCUUCACCUAGUUAUCCACAGGCACGACUUCCCUGCCACCCGGGUCCUCUGGUCGACUCCUUUCCGCUCUCCGGGUUUAUCAAAUCAACCUUCUGCUGCAUCCUCUUUCACGGCGGCUGGGUCUCAGGCGCUCAAUGCCGGGAGACGACUUAGCGGGAGUACAAGCUUCAAUACGGCCUUGACGUCGCUUUCUAAGGCUGGAGGGUAUACAAUUUCCCAGCUGCUAGCAGAUAUUAAUGAGGUUGUCCCUCUCGAAACUCAGCCUAGUCGGUCGGGUUAUCGGAAAGAUGAAGGACAAUGGGGCUUGGAAGACUAUGUUGUCGAGUUGAUGGGAUCUGAGUGCUUGCAUUUUAUGGAAGUUGAUAAUCUACUGAGGGAUGGUGAUGAGCUUGUAAUUCGUCCGUUACAUUAUGAAGAAUUAGAGGUACGACAGAUAGGAGGACGUCAUCAAAUCGCGACAGAUGGUACCCAUCUUAUCGACGGAGUUGCAUUUGGGAAAAGACCUCUGAAAAGAGGUGCACCUUCUCGCCCUCCUAUCAAGAUUCCUCCAAGGAAUAAAAGGAGACGCAUAAACGAGGCAGAAUGGGUUAGCGAUCGCUCCGUCACAAGAUGCUCAGGGACUACACCUUCACCUCCCAGGCUUGAAGAAGGAUGGUGUGUUCACAGGAGCCUUAGCCCAGCUCCUGCUGAAGUCGGGCCACGUGGGGAUGCCAAUGGCCAACGAUCACAGGAACUAUCGGAAACGGGAGAUAAAACCGACACACAAGGAAUUGAACAGCCGCCACUAACCUCGGAUAGCGCUGUGGUCAUAAAUGCUGUUGAUAAAUUUGAUCAUGAUGCUAUGGUGUCAGGUGAAGAGACAAAAGAUAGCAGCAAACCGGCUGGUAACAGGAUAUGGACUGUGGUGAAGGAAGAGAAGUCCAUCCUCUCAUCAUCGAGCUCAGACUCUUCGGAAAGCGAGAGUGGCAUGAGUUCUUCCUCCGAAGAGUCGAGUGAAGAAGUGGAUGAUUCCAGUUCGGAUUUGUCGCCUAGCGUUUCUAGUACGAGUGCAUCGUCUUCCGUGUCAUCUUCCAUUAGUAGUGAUGAUACCUCUUCCGCCUCUGAGUCGGAUGUCUCUGUGAUUGAAGUGCAAAAACCACCCGCGAAACCUGAAGCUCUCACCUCGGAGAUUAUUGCCCGGCCAAAUAUGAAUCCGCCCGGCAUGGGUUCUCGCAGAACGAAACACAGUAAUUUGCGGACCAAACUUCGAAAAAGGCUUGCAAAGAUGAAGGCUGCUGGGAUUCUUCCUCAGGAUGCGAAUUUUGAUGACUUGCGUGCUUGGGAUCAGGCCGGCGUAAGGAGAAGUGUGCCGAAACCUCUAGAAUGUACAGCGGAAACUGACAAAGUGAUGUCUCCUACCAAAGCCGAGUUCGAGAAACGGCGAGCGCAACUGUUACGGGAUAUUGAAGCGGGAGGCGUAGACGUGUCUCCAAACUCUGCGCAACAGGAUCCUGAGGCUGUACAGCCUAGUUCUUCGGUUGACGCGACAGCAACGCCUGUUUCGGAAGAUCGACUGCCUAACAAAAAGGCGAAGUUAGAUUUAGCCAGCACGAGGCGUCUUCUUUUUGGCUCCCUCGGCCUACGUACCCCGAAGACCAAGAGCGACGCGGAGCGUCUAAAAGCCCAGCUUGCGGAAACAUUGAAGAAACCUGGACCUACAGCCAAAGAAGAGCAAAUCAAAGAACCGGCAGAAUCAACGAGAAAGAGCCAAGCUCUUAUGCCAGUGGAGAACUGGCAAGAUUUCAUCAUUCUGAAAGCUACCGAAUGUAUAUAUGAAGAUGUGAAAGUGCCGCCGCCACCAUUUCCAUUUGUUCAAAGAUGGGACGCUGAAAGCCAAAAGCAAAUCCGCGAGCGGCGGAAUCGUGGAAAUGGUCAGAAUAAAAAGCGGAAAAGGAAAUCUUUAGUUUAUGAAGAGGAAGGCAAUCAAUACGACGGUCCCGAAAGCUAUUUGAAUACCGAGAUUACGCUAAAUUAUUCUGAAAAGGAAGAUAAUGUGCAGGGAGUUUCCCCGGCCGUUGUUGAAACUACUGAGAAAUACAACGUCCAAGAGCGGUCGGGACUGGUUGAGGAAGACCUUGUGGAAGCAAGCCCUACAGAGGCAGGGGAGGAUCUCCCAUUGUUCGGGAAUGUAUCGUCCCUCCCGAAUGCCACUGAAACCGAUUUUAAACCUGGUGCUAUUAUAGCAUUUAAACAACUGGAGGUUUCGAAAGCGACCAACUGGCAGCCCGUAGUCUCAGACUAUCGCACAGCGGUCGUAGAGGGGAUUCUGGAUGACGCUUGUGUCCAACUUCGUCUCGCUAAGCGUGACAGAGAAGAACGACCACAGAAUCAGGAUACAGGCCCACGCGAAUAUUCAGGAUUUGAAAUGCCGGGUUAUGAUGAGGAUCAAGGCGAAGACGACGGGUUAAGAGAUAUGGAAGUGUGCCAGUUGAUGGAGGCAAAGCUGUUACAACAUGCACCGGCUGAAGACGGUGAGGCUGAAAAUUUGGGAGAGGUAAUUGUCGAAGAUACCCAAGCGAAUGUCCUUCCCGACCGCAUACCCGUAUCUGUUCUACAGGAACCCGAAGAGAUGGAAAUAGUUCAGGUUUCCUCUCAGACCCGACGAGACAUUUCAGAGUUAAUAGACGAUGCUGGAUUUAGGUCGGGCAUUGAUUCUGAUUUAACCUUUCCUCAUAAACUCCUUCCCCAUGCCGAUGCAACCAAAGCCGUGGAAGAGGAGGACAAGGGCGUUUCGGAAUUACAAGGGGAUGAGGACUAUGCGAUAGCGUCUCCAGCUUUCAGCGGGUUUGAAAAGACUCCGGUCCGCGAAACAAGCGAGCGGCCUGACCCGGGGGCGGCCCUGCGUCCUAUCACCGGUUCUACUGGAACUGGGAAUAAUACGGCCAUCAGCGAAUCUCCUUUGGUGCAAACAAGCUCUAUGGAAAACGCUGCCCAGGAAGUCGAUCCGGUUGUUUCAGCAUUAUCUAUACCUUCUGAGGAUGGUCUGCGCUAUAUAACCGAUCUCGAUGACACAGGGCCAGGCGGGCAUAUUAUUGGCGAGAGUCAAAAUACCAGGUCGAAAUCUCCAGUCCACAGCGAUGCUCAUGAUUCUCAAGAGGAGGAAAAACCGUUAGGAACUAGCCAACCGGAAUCACUUUUGUCCAUUGUACCCUCUAGCGUCCAGGACGACACGAAAAAUGACCGACCCGGCUCAUCUGCUAGCUCAAUGGUGACAAAUCCAUUCUAUGAAGUGGAUCGUGUUCUGUUCGGGGAAACCAGCGAUGGAGCAGCGCUAGAUGCUAUGAUUGCAUCCACCGCGCCUCCUCGGAUCACUGAGCCGUCCGAACCCAAGAGACCUGCUCGAGUUCGGCGACCGGUCCUUUCAUCUCCGCGCCAACGAUCUCCUGAACCGUUGUUCGUUUACGGGGAUGAUGAUAGGGACGGGGACUACCAACCGGAUAUUUCCGAGCAAUCAAGUUCCAAGGAGAGGUCAAGAUCCUCCCAGAUUGUUAAGGAGGAACCCAUGAGUUCGCAGGCCCCCAAAUGUCAAUUGCAAAUCCCCGAGGGCUCCCAGCUCGUCGACCUGACGCUGUCCAGUGAUCCUGUAUCGCCUGGAAAUAGCGAUGGGGAUUUUGCAAAGUCGCAAGGGCUACCCAGCUCGGUCCAGUACCGAAGACGUCGACCAAGGAGGGCAAACUCGUCGAUGAAGAGGAACGGUUCGCUGGAGCGAAGGGUGAAGACGAGGAGGAGCGCGAUAUAG